AUGCUGAGUGGGGGAUCCUGUGAGAACACAGCCCUGGCAGUCAGGGAGGGCUUCCUGGAGGAAGAGGCAUGUAAGUGCAGCCUGAAGGAUAAGAGCUGGCUGGGUGGUGCGUGGGGCCCACACUUCCGUCCUCUCUCCACAGCCUUCCUAUCUGCUGGCCUCGGCAUACUUGCACCCUCAGAGACCUACCCCCUACCUACAACCAGCUCUGGCUGGGAGCCCCGGCUGGGGUCGCCAUUCCCAUCAGGCCCUUGCACCAGCUCUACUGGGGCCCAAGCUGUGGCCGAACCCACUGGGCAGGGCCCCAAGAACCCACGUGUGUCCAGAGUGACGGUUCAGCUGGAGAUGAAGCCUCUGUGGGAGGAAUUCUACCAGCUGGGCACUGAGAUGAUCGUCACCAAGGCAGGCAGGAGGAUGUUCCCCCCCUUCCAGGUGAAGAUCGUGGGCAUGGACUCCCUGGCCGACUAUGCCCUGCUCAUGGACUUCAUCCCCCUGGACGACAAGAGAUACAGGUAUGCCUUCCACAGCUCGGCCUGGCUGGUGGCGGGCAAGGCAGACCCAGCCACACCUGGCCGCGUGCACUUCCACCCCGACUCGCCAGCCAAGGGUGCCCAGUGGAUGCGCCAGAUUGUGUCCUUCGACAAGCUCAAGCUGACCAACAACCUGCUGGAUGACAAUGGCCACAUCAUUCUCAACUCCAUGCACCGCUACCAGCCCCGUUUCCACGUGGUCUUCGUGGACCCACGCAAGGACAGUGAGCGCUAUGCCCAGGAGAACUUCAAGUCCUUCAUCUUCACAGAGACCCAGUUCACAGCAGUGACAGCCUAUCAGAACCACAGGAUCACCCAGCUGAAAAUCGCCAGCAACCCUUUUGCCAAAGGCUUUAGAGAGAGUGACCUGGACUCCUGGCCUGUGGCCCCACGGCCCCUGCUCAGUGUCCCAGCCCGGAGUCACAGCAGCCUCAGUCCCUGUGUGCUGAAGGGUGCCACAGACAGGGAGAAAGACCUCAACAAAGCUUCAGCUUCCACCUCCAAGACCCCUGCUCGGCUCCAUCAUCAGCUGCUGCCCCCACCUGAGGUCCUGCUGGCCCCGGCCACCUACAGGCCUGUCACGUAUCAGAGCCUGUACUCUGGAGCCCCGAGCCACCUAGGGAUCCCAAGGACCCGGCCAGCACCAUACCCCCUCCCCAACAUCCGGGCUGAUAGGGAUCAAGGAGGCCUGCCUCUCCCAGCUGGGCUGGGGCUCCUGUCCCCCACUGUUGUGUGCCUGGGGCCUGGCCAGGACUCCCAGUGAUGCCAGAAGACCUGUGGGGAAGCCCUGCUACCCUGGACCUUACACCGGGUGUGGGAAUCAGCCUCUGCCCCGCCCCCUCCAGCCCCAUCUCUGUCUCAAGGAGAGCAGGGUAGGUGAAAGUCUAGAGAAAGAGGCUACCUGCCCAGGGUCACAGCAAGGCUGGGACCAUGGCAAGCUUGGAACCAGGACUUCUACCUCCCAACCCCAGCAGCCUGAAUACUAUGCCCUCUUGCUUUGGGGGUAACUCCCGAAAACCCUGCCUUACCUCUCCCUUCCCCCUAACAUUAAACUAUUUGGCAUGA